AUGGCCAAUUAGAUAGAGAUUAGACGGGGGGUUAGAGAGGUACUAGUGGGGAAAGAAAUUUUGUAUAGGGGGAGAGAGAGAGAGAGAGUUGAUGGGAAGGGUUUGAUGUGAUUGCGCUUUCUCUUCUCUUUGCUUCCUGGAUCUAACCGCCGCCGCCGCCUACUGUUGUCGGCGUCUCGGAGUUCUUGGAUUGGAUGCGUUCUUCUUCCUAGGUGCGUGCGGUCAUCCGUCCGUUCUUGCAUCGGUUCGGGGUAGGGAUUGUUGGAUUGGCUGGGGAAGGGGAUUCGCGUUAUCGGGGGAUAGCUGGAUCGGAGCAAGGCGCGCGGUGUCAAUCUCGAGAGGAGGAAGGGGAUCGAGGCGGCUCGGUUCUUGUUGUUGCCGCGUCCGGUUCUCUAAAGAACCAGCGGCGAGGAUGGAUCUCUGCGGCAAGAGAGAGGACAUGGCGCUGCAAGGCGGGGAUUCCUGCCUCACGCCCCGCGCUUCGCGGGGCGGCUGCGAGAUGAAGUCGCGCUGGGCGGAGGGCCUCCUCGAAGGUGGCGGCCGGAAGCGCCGCGCGCCGGAGGAAUCCAAGGACUAUGUCCAGAAAAUGGAUGAGGUGGAUUGCGGCGGCAAGCAGAGCAAGCCGCCGUCGCCGCAGCCGCACACACCGGACAUCCGUGAAGCUCAUGCCCCUGGCCGCCGCUGCACCGCGGCGGCCGGCGGUGGGGGUAACCUCAUAGGAGAAAUCGGCCGGGACCUGUCCAUCAACUGCCUCCUCCGGCUAUCCCGGUCAGAAUAUGGCUCGGUGGCGUCGUUGAACCGGGAUUUCAGGUCUCUGGUGCGUGGAGGGGAGAUUUACAGGCUGCGGCGGCAGAAUAACAUCUCUGAGCAUUGGGUGUACUUCUCCUGCAAUGUUCUGGAGUGGGAUGCAUAUGACCCCUACCGGGAGCGCUGGAUGACGGUUCCCAAGAUGCCGCCUGAUGAGUGCUUCAUGUGCUCGGACAAGGAGUCUUUGGCUGUGGGCACCGAGCUGCUUGUAUUUGGGAUGGGGCACAUUGUCUUCAGAUACAGCAUACUGACAAACUCUUGGACACGAGGCGAGGUGAUGAAUUCGCCACGGUGUCUGUUUGGGUCAGCAAGCAUCGGAGAGAAGGCAUAUGUUGCUGGUGGCACUGAUUCUCUUGGCAGGAUCCUCAGCUCAGCAGAGCUGUACAACUCUGAAACACACACUUGGACACCCCUUCCUAGCAUGAACAGGGCACGAAAAAAUUGCUCUGGGGUGUUCAUGGAUGGCAAGUUUUAUGUGAUUGGCGGUGUGACCAACAACAACAUGAUCUUGACCUGCGGUGAAGAGUAUGAUGUGCAGAGCAAGUCUUGGAGGGUGAUUGACAACAUGUCUGGGGGCCUAAAUGGAGUGAGUGGUGCACCCCCGCUUAUUUCAGUGGUGAAGAAUGAGCUGUAUGCCGCUGAUUAUAGUGACAAAGAUGUGAAGAAGUAUGACAAGAAGAAUAAUAAGUGGAUUGCUCUUGGUAAAUUGCCUGAGCGAUCUGUGUCCAUGAAUGGCUGGGGCCUUGCAUUCAGGGCAUGUGGUGAAAGGCUGAUCGUCAUUGGUGGACCAAGAACUUCUGUUGGGGGCAUGAUUGAGCUCAACUCAUGGAUUCCCGAUGACAAGCCACCUGUGUGGAAUUUGAUUGCCAGGCGGCAAUCUGGGAAUUUUGUGUAUAAUUGCGCUGUGAUGGGCUGCUGAGUUCACUGGAUCAAGGGUGUGUUGUUUACAAAGAGAGGUAUGCACAAAGACAAGGCCUAUUUAGCGCCAGCACUCAUUUCUUCAUCAUGAGUUUCUGCCUUCGACCUGGUAGCUGAUUUAGUUGGCAUCAGCAGAGCAGCAGCAGGAUCUUGUAUCCCUUGAGUUCAUACAUCAGCUUCCGCCCCCGCUAAUCCAUUUUUUUCAUUUACAUUCCGAUCAAUCUUAUGAUCUAGAAGAUGAUACCAUGCAAAAAUAUCAUACCAAUAAUCUAGAAAUAUUAAAUUUUAGAGGGUUUCCAUCAAUUAUGGUGACAGAGCAAGUUAUUUUGAUCGUAUUUCAUUGUCUAUGUCUGCAGCAAAGUGUGACCAUCAUGUUAUUCAUGCAUGCCUAAUUUUUGAGUUACCAUAUUUGUUAAA